AUGCACAACAACAAAAACACCACCGCCACCACCAUUAAUCCCACAAUCAAUUACACCAGCAAUAAUAACAAUACCAAUAUCAAUAUCAAUAUCAGUACCAAUAACAGCACAUCCGCCGCCGCACACCACCAACGCAGCCACGGCUCCACCAUCCAAGCCUGCGCGGCCUGCAAGUACCAGCGGCGGAAGUGCGCCUCCGACUGCAUCCUAGCGCCCUACUUCCCCCACGACCGGCAGCGCCAGUUCCUCAACGCCCACCGCCUCUUCGGCGUGAGCAACAUCGUCAAGAUCGUCCGCCACCUCGACCCGCCGGCCAAGGACCACGCCAUGCGGACCAUCAUCUUCCAGUCCGACGCCCGCGCCGCCGACCCCGUCGGCGGCUGCUACAGGAUCAUACGCGACCUCGAGCAGCAGAUAAGCAUCGCCAAGGCGGAGCUGGAGAUCGUCCUCCACCACCUCGCCCUCUGCCGCGCCGCCCGCCACCACCACCACCACCAGGCGGCGGAGAUUCCCGAUCAGGCGGCCAACUGCGGAGAUUCGAUUGUCGACGGUCAGGACAAAUGGAGGGUUGAUGAAUACCCGGAGGAGGACGAGGUGGUGGUUAUAGAUGAUUUGAAUUCUUGGAGCUGCAUGCAUGGGAAUGACAAUGGGAAUGGGAAUGGGAAUGACAACUGGAAUGGGAAUGGGAAUUCCCAUGCAGAAUCCACGUCAUCAUCAUUCCCAUACCAUAAUAAUCAUCACCAUCACAUGAGUAACCUUUCAUUAGAGGAAUGCCAUGAUAUGAAGACAAUUCUUGAUCAUUUGUCCGGUGAUGAUGACGACGCACGCGACGACUUCAAUUUUGAUUCCCAUGGAAACAUCAUUCCGAGGUUUGAUUCCUAUGUAUAUACCCUAAUUUGUAUUCAAUUUCUUCUUCUUCUUUUUUUCUCAAGAACAAUCAACAAUGGCACUUUGACAGAAGAAAACGCGAUAUUUGAUCAGGAAGAAGAAGAUGGAUCAUUUUCAUACAAUAUUCAAGAUCAGCAUGAUUUAAAAGCUGCUGCUACAUUUUUCACCCUCACAAACUGUGAUAUUUGA